AUGGAGCUUGAAACUAAACUGAGGGAAAAUCUUGCUUCACAAGCACUGCUUUUGUCUGAUAAUCACUUGAAGCCAUACAUGAAAGAUGAAUUUUCCUUUGGAACUCCAUCAAAAGGUUUCCUGCAAGAUUUUCAGUCUCUCAAUCGGUUUCAUACAAAAGGGUCUUCAUCAAAUCCCAGUUUUGGGGUCCAAACUGAGUGUUACGGUUCAUUAAUUAACAAUUUCACUUAUGGGUGCUCAACAGAUUUCGAUGAUAUUCAUAAUUACUGUAAGCCAUUCGCAGACAGUGGUGGGAAUGGUCAUGUUAUGGACAAUUUCCAUAGUGGAGGAUACUUGAAUAUCCCUCAGAGAAAUCCCCCUUAUGAUACUAUGGGAACAGAUCAAGGUUACAUGAUCUUCACUACUUGGCAAGACAUAAAACCUAUCAAUUUUGUGGUACCAGAUGAAGUCUCAUGCAUAACAGCAGAAAAUGGGUACAACAAAAAAGUUGGCAUGAAUAAGAAUAUUGCAUUGCCAGAAACUAUGAGGGCAUACAGAGGUCCUAGAAAGUGUAAUGUUGCAAAGGGGCAAUGGACUACUGAAGAAGACAGGCUCUUGAUUGAACUGGUUCAGCAGUAUGGGGUGAGAAAAUGGUCGCAUAUUGCUCAAAUGUUGCCUGGGAAGAUAGGAAAGCAGUGUAGAGAGAGAUGGCACAACCAUCUUAGGCCUGAUAUCAAGAAGGAUGCGUGGAGUGAAGAGGAGGACAAGGUACUCAUUCACGCCCAUGCAGAGAUAGGAAACAGAUGGGCUGAAAUUGCAAAGAGGUUGCCUGGAAGAACAGAAAACUCCAUCAAGAACCAUUGGAAUGCAACCAAAAGAAGGCAAUACUCGAAACGAAAAUGUCGUUCAAAAUACCCCAGAGCGUCCCUUCUACAAGAAUACAUCAAGAGCUUGAACUUGGACUCAAACACUGCAAAAAAUUGGAGAAAACCUUCGGCUAGUAAUGCUACAACAACCAAUGAUACCACCCUCAAAGCACCAGUUCUUCAGCCGGAGCUCAGCUCCGACAAUUUGGACUAUGAUUUUUGUUUUGAUGAAAACAUGUGUCAAGAGGGCUGUAGCAUUGAUUCACUUCUCGAUGCAAACACGCCCUGUGCUCCUGUUGUUGAUGUGAAAGAUUUUGAUGGGAAAAUGCCUUGUGCUCCAGUCUUCGAUGAUAAUGACUUUGAUAUGGACAUUCCAGCACUGGAUAUGAGUCCAGUAAUAGAAUGUGAAUCGAAGAAGGGGCUGGAUUUGGUGGAGACGAUCUCUCAAAUCACAAAACUAGCAAUUGAACAUUGGAGAAAAGUCCUCCUGGUGAACGUGAAAGUACAAGUACAAGCAGAUCAAAAGAUAAUUUAA